GCUCAAGGGAAGUAUCGACCUCUUUCUUGGACCGCGCAUUCGUACGAGAUGGCCAGCAUCAACGCUCAGAAGCGCAAGCGCGUCGCCGACACUCUCACUGCCGCUGAUUAUCAGUCCGCGUUGCGCUUUCUGGCGUAUGUGGAAAUCCUGCAGACGCGCAUGCGCGAGGACGAGAGGGCGCGUCAAGAGACCCUCAAAAUGGAGCUCGCGGUCGUCCACGCGAAGCUCAGACUGGAGGAAGUUCGGCAGGCUGGCUGGAGCUUCCCCGAAUCGGAGACUUCGUUCAACAGUUCCAUGUCCGCAACCAACACGUCCGCCGGCUCGUCUUGGCUUCCCCCCAACGAGUCCACUUUGCAUGGAGCAGGAAUGGCGGCUCAGGCGAAGGACGACAUGUACAUGACCAUGGUUCCGGACGAGCAGAGUCAGCAUGGUAGCUGGAGUGGCCAAAUGACGUCAGCCAGCGCGUACCCUGGUCAGUACAAUCACGCCCACGGCACCUCCAACUAGAUCUGCGCUCGUCAUUGCUAUGGUCUCGCUAUCGCGUCGCUUGCAUCGCUCUCGUCACGUCUCUCGCAUAUACUCGAUCUCGGACUCGCCUCUCGGACUCGCCUCUUCCUUCGCCUGAAAUCGUUUCUCAUUCCAUCAACUGUCACCUGUACAUUGUACCUAAACCGUCGUUACCGUAAAGUACUACCUGGUCAAUCAAUUACAAAGUUCCGCCUAAAGAAGAUGUCCCGCGUCCUCCCACUCGUGCAUCCCAAUCGUUGGCAUCGCGCUCCUGCGCCGAA